AUGCUAGUACGUAAAAAGGACGAGAACAGCACGGAGGGCAGUUCGAAUAAUAGGAAGAGUAGAACUUGGAUACCGCGAGAAACACCGAAGGUGCAGGCGACCGAUCCGGAUUGUGGCGUGAACGCCAUGGUAAAUUACACGUUGGCCGCGGGAAGAAUGGAAAGCGAACAGCUGAUGGUGCGCAGCGAUACCGGGGACAUUUGCGUCAGAACACCGUUGGACAGAGAGACCGCACCCUACCUAGAGAUUCCCGUCAUCGCCACCGACAGAGGAGGGCUGAGCACCGUGGCCAUAAUCAGGGUGCAAGUGACGGACAUCAACGACAAUCGGCCAAUCUUCGAACCGAGAAAGUACAACGUUACCUUGAAGAGCGACGGUCUGAUGCAGGGACCAAUUUUGAGACUGAUAGCCACGGAUCUGGACGCGGGUCUGUUCGGUCAAGUCGCGUAUCGAAUCACGAACGGCAACGAAGCUGGCGUCUUCCACAUCGAUCGGAAUACAGGCGAACUCCAAGUUGCUAGACCGAGUUUACUAUCCAGGUCGCCGUUACAUCAGUUGAACGUGACAGCGACAGAUGCUGCAGGCUUGAAGAGCACGUUCGACGCCGAAGUCCGAAUCACCACGUCCUCCCCAGGGCACAGAAUCGCCAGCUGCGAGAAGCCACGGUACACCAUCACCGUUAAGGAGACCGUUCCCCAGAACAGCAUCGUCGGCGGCGUGAAGGACGGAGCCGUGUCGUCCUCGUCAUCAGGUGAACGGCCAACCAGAUUUUAUUUGGUGAAGGAAGAACCGGAUCUAACGAUGGAUCCCAACACGGGCAUGCUCCGAAUUCGCCAUCCGUUGGAUCGAGAAGCACGGGACAAGUACAUUCUGAGCGUGGAGGCUCGCAACGGAAUAUCUGUCGGCUACUGUCAGGUGGAACUGAACGUCGAAGACGUGAACGACAAUGCUCCUACGUUCCUGGCGACCAGCGUCCGUAUUUCCGUACCAGAAUCUCACCCCCUUCACACGGCUCUUUACGUGGCACACGCGACAGAUCCGGACGUCGUUCCGUCGCAUCCGAUACGUUACGUGCUUGGCCAAAACAGCAACGAUUUGUUCGGAAUAGACGGCCGCUCGGGAGAGCUCUAUUUAGCGAGGAGAUUGGAUUACGAGACGCAGCAGAGGCACGGUCUGCUGAUAAGAGCGUUGGACGGUGCCGGUCUCUCCGCGAACCUCAGCCUGAGCGUGGAGGUUCAGGACGUGAAUGACAACCCCCCAGUGUUCGAGAGGAACGAGUAUCACGUGGAGGUUCCCGAAGGCGCCAAGCUCGAUUCUCAAAUUCUUCAAGUGACCGCGUUGGACCUCGACACAGGCAACAACGCGAGGCUCAGUUACCGCCUCCAAGGAUCCACGGCCUUCCGGAUCAGCCCGAACACCGGCUGGAUCUAUCUGGCGCAGAUUCUCGACCGCGAGACCCUCGAUCGACACGCGUUGACCGUUCUAGCGACGGACAACGGUUCUCCAGCUGCGACGGCGAGCGCAUCCGUGCUGGUCACGGUGCUCGACGACAACGACAACGAUCCACGGUUCGAGAAGGAUUUCUACGGGUUCGAGCUGCUGGAGAACCUGCCCUCGGGUACGCUGGUCGGAUCCGUGAGCGCCUCCGAUCCCGAUCUCGGUAAGAACGCGCUGCUCAGGUACGCGGUGGUCCAGGCCAACAGCAGUUUCGCGGUGGACCCCGAUACAGGUGAGAUCACCACCAGAGAGCCGCUCGAUCGGGAGACGAAGGGUGUGCACGAGUUGGUAUUGGAAGCUAGGGACCAGGGAACGCCGUCGAGGGCGGCUAGAGUGCCUCUGAAGGUGACAGUUUUGGACGUGAACGACAACUCGCCAGAAAUCGUGGACCCUCAAGGAGACGUGGUCAGCGUUCGAGAGGAACAACCGCCUGGAACGGAAGUGGCGAGGGUUAGGGCGUUGGACACCGAUCUCGGUGAAAACGCGUCCGUAACCUACACGAUACUGAAAGACCGAGACUCGGACGGUUACAACGUUUUCACCAUUGACCCGAUCACCGGCAUGAUCAGGACGAAGGCGGUUCUCGAUCACGAGGAACGGAACGUGUACCGGGUGUCCGUAAAGGCAACGGACGCUGGCAGGCCACCCCGGCACAGCAUACGCGCGUUAAGAGUCGAGGUUUUAGCGCUCGCGGAUAACCGGCCGACCUUCACCAGCAGCAGCCUUACCUUUAACGUGCGCGAGGACGCCAGCAUCGGGCAAGCGGUGGGCUCGGUGUCGGGGGCGGGUCCAGCGGGUCGUGUGGCCUUCACCCUGGAUUCUUUGACGCCCGUCAGCGAGUUUCCAGCCUUCGACGUCGAUCGUAGCUCCGGCCAGCUGGUGGUGGCUCAUUCCCUCGACCGGGAGAACGUCAGCGAAUACCAUCUAGAGAUCAGAGCGUUGGACACCACGUCCAUUGGAAAUCCUCAGAGCAUAGCCGUCUCCGUGAAGAUCAUCAUCGAAGACGCGAACGAUAAUCCACCCCGUUGGCCUCAGGAUCCGAUAACGGUUCGCGUUUCCGAGAGGGCGGUCAUUGGUUCGACCAUCUACAAUCUGACGGCCACCGAUUUGGACAGUGGUUUGAACGGGGAGCUUCGAUACUGCCUGGUAGCUGAAUUUCCAUCGAGAGGCAGCUUCGCGGUGGAUUCCUUGACUGGCGCUCUCACCUUGGCCAGGCCGUUGGAUAGAGAGGAAAGGGCGGAGUACACGUUGAUCCUGAGGGCGUCCGAUCGCGCUCCUCCCGGUGAGCAAUUAGCCUCGACCGUGACCGCGAGGAUCAUCGUGCUCGAUCAGAACGACAACGAUCCGGUUUUCGUUGCUCCGGAAUCGACCAAAGUUACGGUCACGCCGGAUCUAUUGCCAGGGGCGACUCUCGUAAGAGUGGUCGCCGUGGAUAAAGACGCGGGCGACAAUGGCCGUGUAUCGUACGUGAUUACAUCGGCGAACGAGGAGGCGAGAUUCUCGGUGGGUUACGAGUCCGGCAUAGUGAGUCUGGAGAGGCCUAUGGUGAGGUCCACGGAGCUCGAGAUUACGGCGAACGAUCAUGGUUCCCCACCGCGAAAGUCCACGCUGAGGCUCACUCUGACGUUUGCUUCUGGACAGACCAACGGACCUCCUCGACUACUGCUCUCCAACCCCGUGGCUAGAAUUUCAGAGGACCUCCAGGUUGGAGCGCCGGUUUUAAACGUCGCCGGUCCUAUCAUCGCCGAUCAGGGCAACGUCACCUUCAGUAUACCGAGCAACGUCGCCUCGGACAAAUUCUCCAUUACCCCGAACGGUCUGGUCACUCUACGAGGAUCUUUGAACCGCGAGCAGACCUCUCGCUACUCGGUCCCGAUUCUCGCGAGGUCUAGCAAGCUGUUGGACAUCAGUACGCUCGAAGUUCUAGUCAUGGAUGAAAACGACAACAGCCCAGAAUUCAGAUCGGGCUCGUGUUACACGCUCGCGGUCCCGGAGAACCAGGAGACCGCUGUCAUUCACACGACCGCCGCAGCUGACCAGGACGAGGGAAAAAACGGGGAAAUUUACUACAGCAUCGUCGGUGGAAACAUCGGAGCAAAGUUCAUCCUGGAUUCGGUGACAGGGAUGCUGUCGAUGUCGAAUUUGGACAGGGAAGCUGUGUCGAAGUACGUCCUGACGAUUUCUGCCAAGGACAAGGGUCGACCUAGUUUAGAGGCACGCUGCAACAUGACCGUGAUAGUGUUAGACGUGAACGACAACGCUCCUACCUUCGUGCAAAAUCAGUACACCGAAUCGAGGCCUCGUGGUGCAGUGCCAGGUGCCGAGUACCCUGGAUUCGGCUUGUCCAACAGCUUUUCCUACGCGUCUUCUAAUUACCCGACAAACUACCAUCCGAGUAAAUACGUGGCUACCAUUUCGGAAGACGUGGCGCCGGACUCCAGCGUGAUGUCUGUCAGAGCAACGGAUCCUGAUCAAGGGGUGAACGGAAAAAUCACGUAUGCCAUCGCGAAAGAGACGAGCUGGCUGUUCAGGGUUGACAACCUGACGGGCGUCGUUACUACGGCCGGGCCUUUGGAUCGAGAGCGACAAAGUUUGUACAGCUUCGUGGUGAUGGCUACGGAUAGUGGGAAAUACGACGCCAGAAGCACCACUAUUCCCGUCGAGAUUCGAAUUAGCGACGCCAACGACAACGCUCCCGUGUUCGAGGAGUACCCUUUUCGUGCACGUGUGUCCAUUGGAACACAGCCGGAGAAGAACAUUCUUAGGGUCGUGGCGACAGACGCCGACGAGGGUCUAAACGGGGAGAUCGUCUACUCUUUUCUGCACGAUCAGGAGAAACCAAAAUUCAGGAUACAUCCGAGCACCGGUGCCGUCACCGCAGCGUUGUCCUUGUCGCAAGAUAACGGCAAGACGUAUCACUUGGAGGUUCUAGCUAGAGACAAGGGAAUUCCACCGAAGAGUGCUCGAGGACUGAUCGAGCUGCACGUGGGAGAUCUAGCCGACUUGGCGCCAGUUUUAAAAUUUCAAAACGACUCCUACGAGGUCACCAUUCAGGAGAAUUCUGCGACUGGUACCGAGGUGAUCCAAGUCUCUGCUGUGCGAUCAGACGGUAGAAGGCAACACGUCUCGUAUUCUCUUGGAUCGGGGAACGAUUUCGGAACGUUCACCAUCGACGAAGAUACCGGCUUGUUACGCGUCAACGAUCCCUCCAGACUAGACGCAGAACUGUGGACCGACAUGAGAGUGAAGCCUUUGGAGGAGCAGAGCGAGGACGGUCGUACGAAUUCGUGGGGCAGGUCCUUGGAAGGACAGCAGUCCAAGGAGGAGCCUAGAGAAUGCUCCAAGCACGUUCUGACAGUGGCUGCUAGAACCAACGGAGCUGAUCCUUUAGAAGCUUACGUAAAGGUUGUGGUCAAAGUGUCCGACGUGAACGAUAAUCCGCCUGUGUUCACUCAGACGCAGUACUCGGCAACGGUAUUGGAAGGCAACGUUAAAGGAGACUUUGUUGUCAAGCUGUCAGCCAGCGACGCGGAUCAAGGAAUGAACAGCAGGAUACUUUAUCACAUCGUAGACGGCAAUCCGGACAACGCAUUUACGAUCAGUCCACCGUACAGCGGCAUAGUUCGAACGAACAUAGUCCUUGAUCGUGAAAUUCGAGAGAAGUAUAGACUGACUAUAAUUGCAACGGACCAGGGUAAUCCUCAGCUAACAGGCACAGCGGCGCUGAGCGUGCGUGUGAUCGACAUCAACGACAAUCAGCCAACGUUUCCAGAGCACAGUAUCAUCUCGGUGUCGGAAGGUACCACGGUUGGCACGGUGCUGACGACAAUCACGGCGAACGACGUGGACAGUUCCCCGGCUCUGACCUAUCGAUUCGGCAACGUGACCAGCCCCGGUCCUUUCAGUAUCGACAGAUACGGAGGCAAGGUCGUUCUCCGAAGACGCCUGGACGCUGAGACACGGUCGGAAUACAGCCUGCAGGUGAUAGCCAGCGACGGUAUUCACGAGGCGACCACGGACCUGAUAGUUCGUGUCACGGAUCUCAACGACAACGGCCCGCGUUUCCAGCAAUCUGCUUACAUCGCCACGCUGCCUGAGGGACGGGGAGAGCUGCAGGAAAUUCUGACGGUGAACGCUACCGACGACGACCUCACGGAGGACAACAGCCGUGUACGAUACUAUCUGCUCAAAGCUACCAAAGGCUUCUCGGUGCAUCCUGCAACCGGUGUUCUGACGGUUAAUCGUACCGCGAUACCGAGACCCUUGCCCAAAGAGGUGGAGUUGGCUAUCGUGGCGGAAGAUUACGGCAAACCACCGGCGUCGUCUGUGUGCUCGGUCGUCGUACGGUUGAGCAGCCUGAAGAGCACCCUGCCCGGCAAAGAGUACAAGAUCACCGUGAAAGAAAACGCUCUCAAAGGAACAACGUUGAUGAGACUGUCCGACGUGGAUCUUUUAGACGGCACCAUAGUAGCUGGCGAUGAUAGCGGAACGUUCGAAGUCUCCAGAGGCAGAUUGAUCCUCUCCAAGACGCUCGAUAGAGAAACGAAGGACAGGUACGUCUUACGACUAGGCUCGAAAAACGAGAACAUGACGACAGGAUCAUUGGUAGGGGACGAACCUGUUACGGUAAUCAUCACGGUGGAAGAUGUAAACGAUAACUACCCUCGUUUCUUGGAGGAUCUUCAUCAGGUUUCGAUUAAAGAGAACGCGGUUAGAGGUACCACGGUGGCGACUUUACGUGCCAAGGACGACGAUUUGGCUGGAAGUACGGCGGCGAAUUUGGUGUACGAGAUAACCUCCGGAAACGACGGUGGCCUCUUUAGAGUGGAGAGGACCACUGGAGCAGUUUUAGUGAACGCGACUUUAGACUGCGAUCUUGAGCCCGAUAUUCACAAUCUCGUGAUAAUGGCCUGCGACAGCGACCCAGUUUCUCCUUUGUGCGCGUUAACCAGGCUACGAAUUCACUUAGAAGACGUGAACGAUAAUUCACCGAAAUUCCCAGUCCCCGAAUACUUGGAAUUCGUUGGAGAAAACGAGCCGAUUGGAACGACCGUGUUCUCUGCACGUGCCUCGGAUCUGGACCGUGGUAUUUUCGGAUCCUUGAACUAUUCGAUCGUGUCCGCCGCGGCAACAGGAUUCUCAGACAUCGACGACAGCUGGAAAUUGUUCGCGGUGGAUGGGAAGUCUGGAACGGUGACGACUCGUGCGGUGUUCGACUACGAGUUGCGAAACCGAUACGCGUUCACGUUGCGCGCCACCGAUACCGGUGGCAGAACAGCUGCUGUCAGAGUCAGAGUGGAAAUUGAGUCGAGAGACGAGUUCUAUCCCCAGUUCACGGAGAGGAUGUACAGAUUCGGUAUCAGAAGGGGGGCUCAGGUGCUUCCUGGAACGGUAAUUGGUCACGUGACGGCUACAGACCGCGACAAAGGACCCGACGGUCGCGUGGUUUAUCAAUUGACCUCGCAACACCCUUAUUUCAAAUUGAAUCGCACCACGGGUGCGCUGAUCGUGAAGCAGAAGUUGGUGCACAUCGAUAUGGACGUCGAGGAAUCGUCAAGGCUGGUGGUCAGUGCUAGUUCAGGUAGACAGGGCUCUUUGUCGAACAUGACGGUGGUAGAGAUCACUUUGACGGAUGACAGCGACGUGAACGAAGCCAGAGGGGCCACUGCACUAGCCACUCCAACAGACGUAGGCUCUAACAUGGCCGUCGCUGCUACUGGAGGUCUGGCAGACUGGGCCUUAGGUCUGCUAAUCGCUCUGUUGCUACUGGUAGUCGCGUUUGGGGCCAUUUUCCUCUACCUUCAUCUUCGAAAUCGAAGGCACAAAAAGCCAGGAAGUAAGCCAGGUUUGAACGGCGAGAGCAACGCUACUGCUUCCAACAGCUACGUAGAUCCAAGUGCUUUCGAUACCAUUCCAAUUAGGAGCGUGGCUGGAGUAGGCGCGGCUGGGAAUGGAGGCUCUGGCAAUGGCAACGGCGGGGGCGGUGCUGCGUCUUGUCAAUUUGCACCUCCAAAGUACGACGAAAUACCACCUUACGGCACGUCCGGUCAAUCGGGACAGCAACAGGCUACCUCAGAACUAUCUGGCAGCGAUCAGUCCGGCUCGUCUGGCAGAGGAUCCGCCGAGGACGACGGAGAAGACGAGGAGAUUCGUAUGAUCAACGAAGGACAGCAGACCGGAGACUCGGCUAGCGAUCUAUCGGUUCACAAUACACAGGAAUAUUUAGCCAGGUUAGGAAUCGUCGAUCCCCCAGCUGGUACUCCAAGACGACCACCGGAAGCUCUGCCUCUGGAUAGUCUGCAUUUGUUCGAGGACGAGGCAGCCACCGAAGCGGACAUCGCUACCUUAAUUUACGGGAAAAUUGGCGAGCCUGGGAGACCCAUGUCGGGUCUAGAGGUGCCUGGAGGACCGUCGAUGAACGGUUCCUUGAGCUCGAUAGUGCACAGCGAGGAAGAACUGACAGGAUCGUACAAUUGGGACUAUUUACUCGAUUGGGGUCCUCACUACCAACCCCUGGCUCACGUAUUUAGCGAGAUCGCCAGGCUGAAGGACGACGCGGCUAGCGUUCAAAGCGGAAACUCGGGAAGCAGCGGCAAAACCAAGUCUGUACAUAAAGCUCCACCCCCACCAUUGCUCACUUCCGUUGCUCCUAGAUCGUUGGCGGCUCCCGCGUUGGCCAGGGGUAUUCUUCCGAGGUCUCCCAUCAGUCACGACGCCUCCACCUUCCCGUCAGCUGCCCUCAGCCCUAGUUUCUCGCCGUCCUUGUCCCCUCUCGCCACCAGAAGUCCUAGUAUCAGUCCUUUGGUGCCACCUGCCACUCAAAGGUCCAGUCAAAGUGCCAAUAGGGGUAUUCCAGUUACCGACGCCGAGCUGAGGAUCUGA